AUGGCCGAAUUGAUCACUGCACAAGAGUUGCGCAAGUAUUGGGUAAACAAAGACGAGAUUGCCCUCCUAGAUGUCCGCGAAGAAGGUCCCUACUCUGAAUCCCAUCCUCUGUGGGCAUUGAGUGUGCCAGUGUCUGAAAUCGAAAGCAAAUUACCUCCCUUAGUCCCCAGACUAUCCGCCCCUAUUGUCGUCUACGACGAUGGAGAAAAAUACGUCGAUCGGGCCGCGGCAAAGGUCCUAGCUUUGGGAUAUCGCAAAGUCUUCAUUCUGGAGGGAGGUCUAUCCGCCUAUGCCCUGGUUGGAGAGGUCUAUCGCGAUGUCAACGUUCCAUCCAAGGCCUUCGGCGAGUUGGUCGAGUCAAUCAAUCACACUCCAUCGUGGUCGGCACGAGAAGUCAAGAACGUCCUAGACGGCGAGGGCGAUGUAGUCGUGCUGGACGCCAGACGAUUCACCGAAUACAACACGAUGAGCAUUCCCCGCGGUCGCAGCUGCCCGGGCGGAGAAUUGGUGUAUCGCGUCUUCCAGGCAGCGCCCUCUCCACAGACAACCGUCAUCGUCAAUUGCGCCGGUCGCACUCGCAGCAUUGUCGGAACCCAAUCCUUGAUUAAUUCCGGUAUUCCCAACAAAGUCGUCGCGCUUCGCAAUGGCACUAUCGGUUGGACCUUGGAGGGGCUGGGUUUAGAGACCGAAAAGACGGAGCGGGUCCCACCACCGUCAGCGGAGGCAGCACGAAAAGCGAAACUGUGCGCGGAAGAAUGGGCUUCGCAUGCUGGCGUUUCUGUGAUCGACGAUGCCCAAUUGGUUCAAUUUGCCGCGGAGUCCGAAGAUCGGUCGCUCUACCUGUUGGACGUGAGAGAUCCGGAUGAGUAUGCUGCCGGUCAUCCAGUUGGCUUCUCCAAUGCUCCGGGUGGUCAGUUAGUCCAAGCCACUGAUGAAUGGGUCGGUGUCCGAGGCUCCCGGAUAGUUCUUUACGAUACGGAUGGUGUGCGCGCGCGCAUGACGGCUAGCUGGCUCUUGCAGCUUGGGUGGGAGGUGCACAUCUUUGACACCCACUCCACGGUACCCGGUGAUCUGCAAUCGCCUGCGUUGCCAUUGAUUUCCACUCCUAAGACCGGGGCCAUCACGGUUGAAGGUCUUCAAAAUCUCAGAGAAGCUACUAUCGUAGAUCUCGCUCGCAGCCCUACUUAUCGCAAAGGCCACAUCCCCGGGUCGUGGUUUGCCUCUGGGCCUGAGAUUGCUCGAGAUCUGAAGACUAUCGCGGGUGAUGGCCCCAUUGUUUUGACAUCACCCGAUGGCAAUGUAGCCGCGUUCAAUAUUGCGAACGCCCGGGCCUCGGUUCAGCGAGAGGUUCUCUCGUUGGCGGGUGGAACUGCGGCGUGGAAGGCUGCCGGUCUUCCACUUGAGACUGAGGGCCGUCAACUUUCUGAGCCGAUCGAUGUGUAUAAAAGGCCGUAUGAGGGAACGAGCAACGCACGCAAGGAUAUGCAGGGUUAUCUGGAUUGGGAGUAUGGACUUGUGGCCCAACUGGCCAAUGAUGGAGUAUCUGGCUUUCACGUCAUCCGAGCGAGAGGAACGACAUCUACGAGAUAG